AUGUUCACAUCAGACGAUUUCUAUCUUCCGCUCUUUCCUCUGAUAACCGUGAUUGAAAAGUUUAAUACAUUGGAAAGGAUAAGGGCGAUGAAGAUGGUACUGGUGACAUUUGUUCUUCUGUUCCAAGCAGAAAUAUUCUCCCAUCUACAUACAGGCUGCCAGCCAGUUGGACUGGAUUGCUUCAUUACUUACAGCAACGUCAGGGUAUCCAAUCUCAAGAAAGCCAAAAAUUUCUGUUCCAAUAUCUACCUAGAAAGUCGACCUCUUGAACUUGAUGGUGAGAUGGCCAUGACCUACAUUGAUGAGUUUCUGCGGGCGAGCAAGCUGACUGAGUUGAAGUUCAUCCUGAAUGCCGUCAUUCACGGGUCCAAGUGGAAGUGGAUUGGGAAUGUUCCUGGCAGGUUAGGUGAAACAGCGCGUUCCGUUGAAAGUGAAAGCAGGUGUGAAAACGCUGUUCUCUUCUUCGAGAAGAUGAAGUUGAGGGCAGAAUGUAACCGUCAAAAGGAGAAGAAGUAUCACGAACUUCGCAUACGACAGCAACUUCACAUACAACCGACAGCAACUUCACUUACCACAGAAUGUUCAGCAGAUUGGGGAGAGGACACAUUCGAAGUGGUCGACUUUGACGCAGUGAAAGGUAUCAAGACGAUAGAGGAGUGCAAGUUGAAGUGCGAGAUUGGUGACUGUCGGUUCGUGCGCUGGACCAACUACACCUGUUACCAUGGUCAAGAAGAACGCCUGUUCAACCAGUCCCUACAAAUCGGUUGA